GCUUAUAGAGGAUCUGGAAAUCUGAUCCAGUAGGCAGGGUGGUGUCCCUCUCGGUCUCCCAAGGAAGUCUGAGUCCUCUCUCCCUUUUUAAUAUGAGAAUUCGAAAGCAGUGGGAAGUGAUGUUGGACCUAUCACAGCAUUGCUAACAGACAGCCUAUUACAGUAUUUAAUAAAAACAGAAACAGCAUGCCUAUCAUAGGCUAAUAAAUCCUACCUCCUGCACGCUUUAAAAACAGUAUGAAGCAGCUUUAACGGAGCUUCUGAUAACUAAUUUCAAGCAUGGCUGUCUAGCGUGCCUGUCACUAUUGUCCUCCCAAACUCUUUCAGACAUUUUGAGCAGAGAGUAUUAAAGCUAUGAGUUAGCAAGGGUUGUGACAUUAAUGGUCCAGAAAAGCUUUAGGCACGAGAGGCAAUGAUGAUUACCCGUGGCUAUUUGGAGGACUGCACUGGAUCGCUGUCAUUAAAAAUUAAGCGUGGCUUUUGAGGAAGAUGUGACAACUACCGGAGGUCUUUUCGCCAUUCCUCCAGGACUUCCACUGUAAGGAAAACAGCCCCUGGACCAACAUCCUCUAAGAUGUUUAUAUGGACCAGUGGCCGGACCUCUUCAUCUUACAGACACGAUGAGAAAAGAAAUAUUUACCAAAAAAUCAGGGACCACGACCUCCUGGACAAAAGGAAAACUGUCACAGCACUGAAAGCAGGAGAGGACCGGGCCAUUCUCCUGGGACUGGCCAUGAUGGUCUGCUCCAUCAUGAUGUACUUUCUGCUGGGAAUCACACUCCUGCGCUCAUACAUGCAGAGCGUGUGGACUGAGGAGUCUCAAUGCACCUUGGUGAAUGCGUCCAUCACAGAAACAUUUAACUGCUCCUUCAGCUGUGGUCCAGACUGCUGGAAACUCUCUCAGUACCCCUGCCUCCAGGUGUACGUUAACCUGACUUCUUCUGGUGAAAAGCUCCUUCUCUACCACACCGAAGAGACCAUGAAAAUCAAUCAGAAGUGCUCCUAUAUACCUAAGUGUGGAAAAAAUUUUGAAGAAUCCAUGUCCCUGGUGAAUGUUGUCAUGGAAAACUUCAGGAAGUAUCAACACUUCUCCUGCUAUUCCGACCCAGAAGGAAACCAGAAGAGCGUCAUCCUCACCAAACUCUACAGUUCCAACGUGCUGUUCCAUUCACUGUUCUGGCCAACAUGUAUGAUGGCUGGGGGCGUGGUGAUUGUAGCCAUGGUGAAACUCACACAGUACCUCUCCCUGCUCUGUGAGAGGAUCCAACGGAUCAAUAGAUAAAAGCAAAAGGGAUGAGAUCAUUUUCUUUAAAGCUCAAAUACUGUUUUCUUUCAUUCUUCACCAAAGAACCUUAAGUUUGUAAUGUGCAGUCUGUUAUGAGUUCCUUAAUAUAUUCUUAUAUGUAGAGCAAUAAUGCAAAAGCUGUUCUAUAUGCAAACAUGAUGUCUUUAUUAUUCAGGAGAAGAAAUAACUGUUUUGUGUUGGUUGGUUGUUUUCAUUAUCUUGUUUUGAUGCUGGAACUAGUACUUCCUUCUCUCGUUCCGCCAAAACAGGGCUCAGUUAUUCAUUUGCCAAGCUUUGUGGAGGAAUGUAGACAAUAUCAACGCGAUAAGGUCUGUGUUCUCAAUUGUCAGAUCUCUUGAAGACAUUUCUGCAAUAUUUUUCAUCAUUCAUUGUUUACUAAAGCUGCAGCCAAAAAUGUUCUUUCUUUUCUUACUCAAAACUGAGCCCUGUAGCAAGUGAAGGGACCAGAUUUCCUAACUAAAGGAUGUUAAGCAUUUUCCUUAUAUUUCUACCAUAUCACUGUAAAGAAGGGAGAAAACCCAGACAGUUAUUUCUCUUUUAUUAUUUUCUAUUCAUAACUUCAGAUUUUUUAACUGAUUUCCAAAAAUAAGCUGUUUUCAUCAACUGAUUCUAUAAUCUCUUCCUGUGAUUUAAAUAGAAAAUGAACAGAGCCCUUUUCCAUUUAAGACCCUGCUACUGUGUGAGGAGAUAACACUUACAAAGAGUUUCAUUACCUGUGAAUUGACUGAAUGUUGAGUAGGUGCACCACUGCAAUCCAGGAAAGUCUAUGUCACUAAGAUAUUUAUGUGAAAAUCUUUAUUCUAUUUCAAGUCAACUGUUAGAUGGUAAAAUUAAGAUCCUACUUGCUGGCCAAGACUGGUAGACUGAUUUCAGUGGGUAAAUUUACUGUGGCAAAUUAACAUAUUGCAAUGUUACUCUUUGGGAAUUUAUGUUUAACUUAACGAGUAUGUAGUCUCUCUUUCUGACAAGUGUUCCCCAUUGGGAUUUUAAAACUAUGUGCACAGAAUAUUUGUCUCCUCUACAUGUUUUAUUUUUCUAUUUACAAUUCUCUUAUUUUUUGCUAGAUUUUAUACACAGAGUAGACUUUUUUCCUAACACACACUUAAAAUGAGUAACAGCUCUAAAGGAAGACUUUGUUCACAAUGCCAUUUACUUAUUGUGUUGAGGGGGGCGGGGUGGAAUGAGGGACUGAUUUUAAACAAAAACAUUCCAUCUUUUAUUUAACAUCAAUAUCAAAAGGGAAAGACACACAUCUAUCUUUCUCAUCUAUAUUUAAGUACCCUUUUGUAAUGUAGUAUCAAAGUUUUCUACAAAUUGGAAAAUUUUACAAAAUAUAUUUGUGGAAUGAAUAGUGAAACUAAUCUGAUGAAGUGGAAAAUAUCCUGUAAUACUGUAAUUCAUAGUUUGACUUUCCAUAAGCACAUAAAUCCUUAGGGUAUAAUCAGGACUUCAAAUGUGUAAUUAAAAUUUAAACAAAAAUCCA